UGACCUUCUUUGGUAAUCUUAUGUGCCAUCUACCCCUGACUUUUCUCAAUUCACCUCCUUGUUGUAUGCACUUUGAAAGCCGUCUUCGGGGCGCGAAAUGCUUGUAUUGAAUAUCUUGCUUGGGGAACCGAAGGUGCUGGCAUCUAGAGGUGCCAGCCGUAGUACAAACUCGAGAGUAUGUCUUCUAGUCCCACUUUCGUUUCUUUUCUUCUAUCAUUCCCCCCCUUCUAAGCAUCUCAAACGCGCCUCAUCACCGUUUCUCCGGCCUCCUCCCCUCCACAAAGCGUGCUCCCUACAACCUCUGCAAGCUCAUAUGCCGAUCGAACGCCAUCCAGUACCCGACGCUAUCCAGCUAUCCCGCGUCGCAGAUGUCGACGCCUCUUACUCCCGCAGCCUCAGGCCAGAAUGGGUCCUCGACUUUCAACGGUCAGUUCCUGAGCGCUGUUACUUUGGGAACUAUGCCGGGGGAUGUAUAGGAGCGUAGAAAUUAGACGACGACUUAUGAGGCCGCAUGCACCGGUUACGAGGGUGUGAUUGCUAGAAGAGGACAUAUUGCGGCAACGGUAUCGUAUGU